CCAGAUCAGAGUGCCUACACUGCUGACUUUGGAGCAACACCCAGAAUAGAAUGGAAGUUCAAGGAUCUCAAGGGCUAUCAGUUUUUCAUCUACUUUGCUGGAAUGAUGACUGCUGAAUAUGAAGGCCGUAUCACUGUGUAUGAUGGAGGACUGAGAUUUAACAAGGUGACGCGAGCAGACAAUGGAGACUAUGACUGUGAGGUUUCUGGCAAUGGUGGAUAUGACGAGAAGACCAUCAAACUUACGGUCCUUGUGCCUCCUUCCAAGCCUGUAUCCAGAAUCCCUUCAUCAGUCACAACAGGCAGUAACGCCCGCCUGACCUGCUUCGACACAGAUGGCUCCCCUCCAUCCACCUACAGGUGGUACAAGGACAACACUCCCCUCCCUGAGGAUCCAACCAAGUUCCCCAAUUUUAAGAACCUCACCUACAAGAUGAACGUUUUCAAUGGUAACCUGGAGUUCCCAAAUGUGUCUAAACUGGAUACUGGUUCAUAUUUCUGUGAGGCCAGUAAUGGAGAAGGCACUCCUCAGCGUGGCGAUGCAGUGCUAAUGGAAGUCCGUGAUGAGGACAACAGCCAAGCACCAGCUGUGAGGGGCAGCUUGAGCACGGAGACCCAGAAUGUCCCAAGCAAGAUCACCAUGAACCACAUGCUGGAAAAACAGUAUGGUGUAUUCAUGUUGCAAGAGAUGAAACUAAAACUAGAGAUACAAACGCUUGAAUUAGAAAUAACCAAGUUAAAGUUGGAGCUGCAAAAACUUGGACAAGAACCUUAA